AAUGUUGCUGACGAAACGCUAGUCGCUCGUUCAUGGAGAGAAAAAACAAUCGCUUCCGUGUUGUUAUCGGUUGUUAUUCUGGCAAAUACUAGCUUAGUACUUGAGUCAAAGCGGGAUUGCUAGGCAGUUAUUUGGUGGUUAAACCAUUAUGGUCUUGUAGGAUCAAUACAUAGUAUAGUUUUAUUCGCCAGAAUGUCGUUGCUACAGGGCUCCAAGAAAAAGGACAAGCGUAUUUUGUCCGGUACCUGCCCAGACCCGAAAUGCCAGGCGAGGCUAUUCUUCCCUGCUUACGGGUCGAUUAGCAUUGAAUGCACAGAGUGUGGCCAACGCCACGAACAGAAUAAUCUUUUAAAUGUGGAAGAAGUAACUGAUCCAGACGUUGUGCUUCACAAUUUGUUAAGAAAUGCCUUACUCGGUGUCACUGGUGCACCGAAAAAGGGAACAGAGCUGGUGAAAGUGAUGGGGCUUUCCAACUACCAUUGCAAGCUCCUUUCUCCUAUUCUCACAAGGUAUGGAAUGGAUAAGCAGACGGGAAAAGCGAAACUGCUGCGGGAAAUGAAUCAAGGAGAAAUGUUCGACUGUUCACUUCUAGGAGACAGGGCGUUUCUAAUUGAACAGGAGCAUGUAUCUACGGUUGGCUAUGGCAAGGACAGAUCCGGGAGCCUGAUAUACCUUCACGACACUUUGGAGGAGAUGAAGAAAGCAAACAGCAACAAAGAAUGCCUCAUUCCUGUUCAUGUGGAUGGAGAUGGACAUUGUCUUGUUCAUGCUGUGUCCAGGGCCCUGGUAGGCAGAGAACUGUUCUGGCAUGCCUUGAGAGAGAAUUUGAAACAACAUUUCAAACAAAACUUGGAUCGCUACAAGGCACUCUUUCAGGAUUUUAUUGAUGCAGCCGAAUGGGAGGACAUCAUCAACGAAUGUGACCCCCUGUUUAUCCCACCGGAGGGUGUGCCACUGGGACUUCGGAACAUUCACAUAUUCGGCUUGGCCAAUGUGUUGCACCGCCCCAUAAUCUUGUUAGAUUCACUGAGUGGAAUGAGGAGCUCUGGGGAUUACUCUGCAAGUUUUCUCCCUGGGCUUGUGCCGGAAGAGCAGUGCAAAGGAAAAGACGGGAAGUUUAACAAGCCUAUAUGCAUCGCCUGGAGUAGCUCAGGGCGUAACCACUACAUCCCCCUCGUCGGGAUAAAGAAUACCCUUCUCCCCAAGCUGCCACCGAGGCUUCUCCCCAAGGCAUGGGGAGUGCCACAGGAGCUCAUCAAGAAGUAUAUAAAGCUGGAACAAGAUGGGAGCUGUGUCAUCGGGGGAGACAGGAGCUUACAAGACAAGUAUGUGAUGAGACUGGUCAAUGCCAUGGAGGAGAUCUUCAUGGAGAAGCAUGGAAUCCACCCCUCCCUGGUGGCAGACGUGCAUCAGUACGUUUACAGACGGACCGGUGUGAUCGGCGUCCAACCCGAAGAGGUGACGGAGGCUGCCAGGAAAUCAGUCAUGGAAAACCGGCUACAUCGCUGUCUGAUCUGCAAUGCACUCUCUGAGCUUCAUGUUCUACCUGAGUGGCUGACUCCAGGUGGUAAGCUUUACAACCUGGCUAAAUCCACCCACGGGAAGCUCAGACCUGACAAGAACUACAGCUUCCCGCUGAACAAGGUUGUCUGCUGUUACGACCCUGAGAGGGACAUCCUCAUUCCUGACUACAAGCUGAGCUCUUUGAACACAUGCAACUGGUGCCAUGGCACCUCCGUGCGCCACAUCCAUGGCAACGGCUCUGUGGUGUAUCUGGAUGGAGACAGAACCAACACCCGUUCCCAGGGGGGCAAAUGUGGCUGCGGCUUUAAGCACUACUGGGAGGGAAAGGAAUACGACAAUCUGCCAGAGGCUUUCCCCAUCACUCUGGAGUGGGGUGGGCGGGUUGUGCGGGAGACUGUGUACUGGUUCCAGUAUGAGGUUAAUGUGGACCUGAACAGCAACGUGUAUGAUGUCGCCAUGAAACUGGUCACCAAGCAUUUCCCUGGGGAGUUUGGCAGUGAGCUCCUAGUGCAGAAAGUGGUGAACACCAUUUUACAUCACACUGCCAAGAAGAACCCAGACGAGUAUAACCCAGUCUCCAUUGACGGGGCGCAUGCUCAGAGGCUCACAGACGUGGUGGAAACCCAGCAGGCUGUUGACACACAGCCACCGACUAAGAUCAUACUAACUGGGCAGAAAUCAAAGACCAUUCACAAAGAGGAGCUUACAGUGAGUAAGGCAGAGCGGAGCCUUCAGCAGAGCAUCAGCGAGCAGGCCCUAGUGACCCAGAAGAGGAGGACGGAUCGACUGAAGCAGGAGCAGAAGGGACAGGGCAGGCCACCCUCCCCAAGUGCUGCUCAGGAACAUUCCUCCUCCCCAGCCACACCCACCAAAUCCUCCUUCUCCCCCACUUCCAGCAAGGAGAAGAAGAUCCGUGUCACCACUAGCGAUGGGCGGCAGGCCAUGCUCACUCUACAGGCUCAGACCACCUUCUCUGAGCUCCAGAGGAGCAUUGCUAAUGAGUUCACCAUGCCUCCAGCCCAGCAAUGUAUCCGACAUGGAUUCCCACCCAAAGAACUUUUCCCUCCCAAGGAUGGAGCAGAGAAUGAACCGGUGGCUCUCCAACACGGGGACAGGGUGACUGUGGAGAUCCUGAGAGGUCCAGAGGACCGCAAGGCAUCCGCCCCAAGUGCUUCCAGUUCCCAUUCAACCCUGCAUUCCCUCCUCUCUGUGAAGAGUGAUGAUCCAGUGACUUCCAGCAGAAUGAAUACUAGCAGAGAGCUGCAGGACAACAUUGACCUUGAGAUGUCCUCCCUCUGUCUCCUAGCAACCUUAAUGGGAGAAGAUGUCUGGUCAUAUGCCAAAAAACUGCCUCACUUAUUCCACCAAGGUGGAGUUUUCUACAACAUUGUGAAGAAAGAUAUGGGCCUGAUGGAUGGCAAGCACUGCACCCUCCCACACCUGACUGGAAAGACGUUUGUUUACAACGCAGCAGAGGAGCGUCUGGAGCUGUGUGUGGAUGCAGCGGGACACUUUCCCAUGGGCCCUGACGUGGAGGACCUCGUCAAGGAGGCCAUGGUGCAGCUCCGCUCUGAAGCUGCCUCCAGGAGUCGCGAGGGAAGCCCCUCUCACAGCCUGCUGAGGCUCGGGAGUGGAGGUGUGGUGCGCAAGAAGGAGCAGCUCCAAAGUGUCAACGCCUUCCAGGGUAAGGGCCACUCCCUGGGCAGUGCCCCAGGCGGCUCUCCCCCUGAACACAAGCCCAUCACCAGGCAGCACAGCAGCGGGGUGGACCUGAGCGCCAGCGCCUCCAAGGGACCUGACCUGUCUGACAUCUCAGAGGAAGCGACCAAGGAGUUGGUGCGUAUGGCUCCCGGUUUUGUCACCAUGAAAGACAGCCGACACCUGGACCCUAGUAUGAUCGAAGAACAGAGGAAAAAACUACAGGAGAUGGUCUCAUCCAUCCAGGCCUCCAUGGACAGGCACCUGAGGGAGCAGAGCAAUGCAGGGGCAGGCAUUGGGGGCCCUGCAGAGAGGACAAGUGGGGCUAAGAUGAGUGCUUCCCAAUCUGCCCCAGGGGCAGGUGUAAAGGAGGCCUCUUCUAUGGACGUAUCUACUGCUGGUGCUCAUGGCACAUCAGUGGAGGCAGGGAACAAGCCUGAUGGAAAGGAUGCAGGGUCAGAGGAGCUGGAGGAAAUGGAUAGCCAGGAUGCAGAGCAUACCAACGCCCUGGAGCCAAUGGAUCAUUCCUGAUGGGAAAAGGGCCUGGUCCUAUACUUUUCUCAGUCAUGAUCAUUCACCCCUCUAUCUGGUUGGCAUUAGUGUGGGAAUGCUUCAGGUUGUAUCCAAGCUUUGGUAUUCAUUGUGUUUUGUUGUCUUUUACUGCAUGAUUGACAAGAGGUUGACUGUUUCUGCCUCUGGUGACAGUCUAAUGCUAUUAUACAGAAACAUGCACCGAGACCCAAGGAGCAACGCUGCUUCCUGUGUGUGAAAUACAUCCAUGUACAUGUCCUCCAAGUCUUAAAGGUCCAAUGCAGCUGUUUUUAUCUGAAUAUCAAAUAAUUUCUAGUUAACGAUUUCUAGUUAACAAUACCUUACUAACCAUGUUUCCAUUCACAGUUUUUAUGUGAGUAAAGUCAUACUGCAUAAAAAAAAAAAUAUAAUAAUCACAAUCGUUGUGGUGGAAAUAGGAGGUUUCCGGUACAAUUUUGUAAAUGCCACAGAUAAUUUGUUCUUUUGACAUGGUGGGAUCUUUUUGUGUCGGUAAAAUUAAUUAUGCCAGACAUGGCGGUGGAAACGCCUUUAUUCGUAAAUAUUGAUAUAAUAACCGUCAUAUCAAAGUAAAUUUGGAGUCAUGCGAUGACAUGGUGUGUGGUCCUCGACUCCUCCCGCUACAACUCGGGAAAUGAUGCAGUUUAUCAGGCUAUGGAUGAAAUAAGUUACGAUGAACUUCACAGGGUGGUGAAAGUGCACAGUGGUGAGCUUGACCUUCCUUUCCAAUAAAUGUAGAGGGUCUUAUUCUGGUGACAUGAUGAUCGAUGCUUGACUGCCGUUUGACAAAUAAAAAGAUUCUCUCUCUUAUUCAUAAUAAGCACAUCAUGUAGACUAACCGACACGCAGAUCCUACCUGCACUGCAUCUGCGAGCUGUUGGCUAGCGCGCACAUACCAAGACCAGAGUAGGCACGUUUGCUAUUUAAAGCAACAGUUAGCUUUGUCGCAAUCUGUAGAGUUGAAAAUGCGAUGGAAACACAUUAAACGUUUUGAAUUUUUAUUCGGUCCAUGAAAACAUAAGCAACAAAGUACAUGUUGUGUGCACUACAUCACUCACUGACCUUUAUCCGCAACAAGUCAGUUUGGUGGAAACACCACUGGUGGGAAAAUACGCAUAUUUUCUUUAUGCAGAUUUUUUUAAAUAUUUUCAUGAAAAUCUGUCGCCAAUUGGAUGGAAACCUAGCUACUGUGAUUGUUUUCAAUUAAAAUGAAAUAAAUCGCUAGGAAUUUCUCAAGCAAUAUUUUUGCAAGGACUGUUGGAGUGGGGAAGGGGAAAACGGAAAACGAUCUGUUAUUGGCAGAGAGAUAUGAAACUCUUUCUUAUUGGUCUAUUAACUAAUUUACCACCUGGUGUUUUCACCAGGCAGGCCAAAACACCAUCCCACCAAAUCACUCUGAAGUUUUAGGUGGUCUUUUCAAACAGCUCAUACACUAAAGGGGCAUUAUCAUUUUCACAAUUUCACAAGAUUAUUCCAACCUCAUAGUGUGGGAUUGUAUAUAAAGCAGAGGAAAAUGUUGGAUUGUACUGGGCCAUUAAGACAAGAGGGAGUUGAAGAGCUUGAGUUAAGAUCCUAUCCCACACCAGCAUUGUAAUGACCGCAAACAUCCGCUUCAGCAAAGUGCACACUGUAAAGGCACUAGCCCUCAAACAUGAUAACCUACCAUCACAUUUAUUGCUUUACCAACAUACUUGAUUUACCAACGCAUUUCUUUAAAACAACAGUGAAAUAUUCCAAAUUAAGUUUCUUUUCUGGAACGUUGCUCCCUAUAUGAAGGUUUGCUGUCUUAAUUCUUGAAGGAAGGAGAUGCGUGCCCUUAUGAUAAGUAACAAAAAUCAACAUUUGUUGUUGAAAAACCUUGUGAAAAACCUUUUUUAGUUUGGAUUUGUUUUUGGAAAAUUGUAUAAGAAUUUAAAGAUUGUUUAAAAUGUCAUUUAGAUUAAUGCCAUUUCAAGUGAAGCACUGUUCUGAAAAUAACUCAGUUUAUUGGUGGAAAUUGGUGAAAUUAUUUUUGCUGGUUUGUAUUGAUUGCGGAUAAUGCCUGUUGAUUCUUUUGGGUUCAAGGUUCAUGCUACUUACUGGUUUGAAGUUAUUUAUGCUACUUUUCAUAUUUCUCAUGAAACCCAAAUGAAUGGCCCAAGUUAAGUGUGCUGUACAAGUGCUGAACUACUUGAUGUGGAACUGUAUUCUAUUGGAAGGCCCAGCAUAAUGGCAGGGUAGCCUAGUGGUCAGAGCGUUGGCCUAGUAACCGGAAGGUUGCAAGUUCAUACCCCCGAGCUGACAAGGUACAUCUGUCGUUCUGCCCCUGAACAGGCAGUUAACCCACUGUUCCUAGGCCGUCAUUGAAAAUAAGAAUUUGUUCUUAACUGACUUGCCUAGUUAAAUAAAGGUAAAAUAAAAUAAAAAAUAAUGUAGUACACACACCUGGGAGUACUGUAUAUUCCACUAUUCAUAUGCAAUUUCCUCAAUCACUUUUUGGACUUUAGUGAAUGAUUGAAUGCAGUGCAGGAUAUUUUUUCGAAAUACAUCUCUAAAAUAA